AUGGUGCUACAUACGGCAUCAUGGGCUCUAUCAACAAAGAGCUUCUCUCGCUCAUUUUCAUCUAGUCGCGUUCUCCAGGAACUGAGUCCAUUUACUCGCCGCCUCUUUAACCUCCCCGAAGCUCCGCCAGCUCCAUCGCAGAAUCACCGUGAUUUACAAUCGUUCUUAACGUAUGCAAAGGACAAUGUGCCAGAAAUCAGCACUACGUUUGUUGGCACUCGCUACGAGUAUACCGUUCAGUCUUCUUUACGUCGAUUCGCGUUUGAUUUAACGCGCAUCGGCGGCCGCGACGAUGCAGGCAUAGACCUCGUGGGCACAUGGCACAUCCCCGGACGAGAAUACGCACCCAUUCGCAUUGUUGCGCAAUGCAAAGCGCUGCGGACGAAACUUGGCCCGAACCUUGUGAGGGAAUUGGAAGGCGCUUUUCGUCAUUCGCCCAUCGGCUGGCGGACUACUGAGAAGUUGGCUAUGCUGAUUAGUUCGAGGGAGGCUACGAAGGGGGUCAGGGACACUUUGACUAGGAGUCCAUAUCCACUGUUCUGGAUGAUGAUGGAGAGUGACGGCGCCAUAAAACAGGUUCUGUGGAACUCCAAGGCGGAGGAUUUGGGUUUGGCAGCGCUGGGGGUUGAGGCGAGGUACCCCCAGGUUACUGCUGUUGCUGAUGCUGAUACUGCUGCUGAUUCUGCCACCACUUCCGAUGAGCGUGCGCGCCCAAAUGUCGUAUUGACGUGGGAUGGAAGCGAUAUUCCUGAUAUGGAGCGCGUCGAGGAUCGGAUCUCCCGAAAAGAAGCCGAGUGGCUGGCUGGCUGGGGACGCCAGGGCUUGUCAGAGACACAAAAAGCCCGUGGAGGAUUAUUUGACGAUGUCACGGGAGAUUAUGAGGCGAAUAAGGAACAGUUUCGGGUAUUGCUCAAACAAAGAUUACAGUAG